UUGCAUGUCAGGUUUUGCAGAAAACAAAACAGAUAUGGCAUCUUUGAAAAUCUGCAAUAUCAGUGCUAUUCCCACUGGUUCUUCUUCAACCUCCCGAUCUUCAUCAAAUCACCCAAUUCCUUUCUCCUCCAAUCCAAUAACAACCACAACGACAAUAUUAUCCAUAAAAUCAGUCUUAUCUUCUUUCCACCACGCCACAAACUCUGUCCACCCAAUCCUCUCUUUUCACCGUAAACCCCACUUCUCAAUGCUUGCUUCAAAGAAGUCUAUAAUCAUUUCUUCGGCUAUGUCCUCUCUAUAUACAGAUAUGUCCAAGAGGAUCUUCCACCAGCUCUUGAUUCUACUUCAGACCCACCUCCACUCUUUGAUGGAACAACAAGGUUGUAUAUAUCUUAUACAUGCCCCUAUGCACAGCGUGUUUGGAUUACCCGAAACUGGAUUGCAGGAUAAGAUAAAACUGGUUCCCAUUGAACUCAAGAACAGGCCUGCUUGGUACAAGGAGAGAGUCUACCCACCAAACAAGGUGCCGGCAUUAGAACACAAUAAUGAAGUAAAAGGCGAGAGUCUUGACUUGAUCAAGUAUAUAGAUACUCACUUUGAAGGGCCUUCGCUUUUCCCCGAUGACCCUGCAAAGAGACAGUUUGCAGAUGAGUUAUUCUCCUAUAUUGAUACGUUCUACAAAACAGUGACUUCUUCAUUCAAAGGAGAGGGUACCGACGAUGGCAUUGCAUUUGAUGACAUUGAAAUAGCUCUUUCCGAGUUUGAGGACGGGCCUUUCUUCCUUGGGCAGUUUAGUCUGGUGGAUAUAGCUUAUGCACCUUUUAUUGAAAGAUUUCAUCCUUUUUUUAUGGAUGUGAAGAAUUAUGAUAUUACUCAUGGCAGACCUAAAUUGGCAACUUGGAUUGAGGAGAUGAACAAAAACGAAGGUUACAAACAAACCAGGCGUGAUCCAAAGGAACUUGUUGAGAGCUACAAGCAACGUUUCAUGGCUCGUCUUUAAACAAAUGGGGAUUCUGUGUUCUUCGUAUCAUGAAAUUGGCACUACCGCACUAGUAUUCGAAUGCUUUAUUAUUUCUGAGAAGAUAGCCCGGCCUUGGAAUUUACUUUCCUCCUAAAGCUUUUGCCUGUAGAAUUAAGUAACCAAUGGGGAAUCAUCUAUUGCUACUGUAUUCAACAGAAUACAGGACCUGCCAUUAUUAAAACAAUCAAGUAGCAUUAACCUGAAAAUUAU